AAAAACAAGUGGUCAAGUGUAAUACGGUUGCGAGGAAGUCGGAAGAAGUAAGGUCAUCAAGAAGCUAUCCACGAUGAGGAAGAGAGGAGGUGUAGAUUACUGCUGCUGGCUGGCACUGUGCUUGCUGGUGUGUGUAGAGGCUGUACCGAUCGCUGUGGAUAAGACCAAAGUCAGCCCCCCACAGGAAAAUCUGGAUCCCCCCAAAAGUGCGGAAACUGGGUUGCACUAUGACCGCUACCUCAGGGAGGUUAUCGAUUUUCUAGAGAAAGAUAAGCAUUUCCGAGAGAAGCUCCACAACACGGAUCUGGAAGAUAUUAAGCAAGGGAAACUUGCCAAAGAGCUGGACUUUGUCAGCCACCACGUAAGAACUAAACUCGAUGAGUUGAAGAGGCAGGAAGUGAGCAGACUUCGCAUGCUCAUCAGAGCCAAGCAGGACGUGGAGGGAGGGAAAGGCAUGUCUGUGGACCACCAAACCCUGCUCAAACAGUUUGAAUACCUUAAUCACAUGAAUCCACACACCUUCGAGGUAGAGGAUCUGGAUCGUCUCAUCAAAUCGGCUACAAAUGACCUGGAGAACUAUGACAAGGAACGGCACGAGGAAUUUAAGAGGUACGAGAUGAUGAAAGAGCACGAACGGCGAGAACAUUUGAAGACUCUUGAUGAAGAGGCGCGCAAGAAAGAAGAGGAGCACUACGAGGAGAUGAAGAAGAAACAUGCGGAUCAUCCCAAAAUUAAUCAUCCAGGUAGUCAAGACCAACUGAAAGAGGUUUGGGAGGAGACUGAUCAUUUGGACCCAGAUGACUUUGACCCCAAAACCUUCUUCAACCUUCACGACACUAAUGGAGAUGGAUACUUUGAUGAGCAAGAGCUUGAGGCACUCUUCACCAAAGAACUGGAGAAAAUAUACGACCCCACCCAUGAGGAGGAUGACAUGGUGGAGAUGGAAGAGGAGAGACUGCGCAUGAGAGAGCAUGUCAUGAAUGAGGUGGACACUAACAAGGACAGACUGGUCUCAUUAGAUGAGUUUAUGGUUGCUACAAAGAGGAAAGAGUUUUUAGAAUCAGACCCUUGGGAGACGCUAGACCAAAAUGAAGCCUACACGGAGGAGGAAAUGAGGGAGUUUGAGGCACAUCUGGCGCAAGAGGAGAACACCCUCGCGCAGAAGACAGUUGACCUUCAGAAACAGAAAGAGGAGCUUGAGCGUCAACAGGAGGAGCUCAAUGCUCAAAGACUACAGCUCCAGCAGGCAGUGGAACAUAUGGAGAAAAUAAAGUCACAGAAAUCAGAGCUCCAAGCAGAUGUCAAAGGAGGUGCCAUUUCUGUCCCUCCUGUUCAGGAGUCGAUAGGCGUGCUGCCGGGAGAUAGUCAGCCUAUACCUCCAGGACAUCAACAGGACUCGCCAGUACACUCAUAGCAGUUUAUGCUCAAAUAGGAGUGCAUAUUGUGUUUUGUAUGCACUGUAUGUGUAUGUGUGUAUGUGUGUGUUUAUCAAUGGGUCAAAUGGCGUCUCCUUGCAUACAUGACGCACCGUCACCACUUUUUCAUUUAUGUCUCACAGAGAAUUGGGGAUACUUUUGUGAGGACAGAAUCCUGUCAAAUUUGCACAAAAUGGAAAAACAAAAGCAUAUUGACCCACUUUCAGGUAUGCCAUUCCAAAGCUGACUGAGUUAGUAAUUGAGGGCCAGCAGAGCUGUGAGAGCAGGCACUCUGUAGACAAUCCAGCCAUUGUCCUUUUUUUUUUUUUUUUUUUUUUUUUUUUGCCUAACCCAACCAGUACAGGGCUCUUAAAACGUCACCAACUGGUACUGUACUUGAAAAAUUGUAGAAAAAUUGAAUGAAAAAUCGAGUAGUUGAUAGUAGCGUUUUAUUUGUAUUUUGUGUGGUUUGUGUUGUUCAUAGAAGGAAAAUAAGUCUCACUGAGGCAUUUUUGUACAUUGAACCCUCCACCCCCUCACUUCAUGCUCCAGUUAUAAUUAGUUUUUACCAUAUGAGAUGUUAAUGAAUGAUACAUCUCCCCCCUUGUCUAGUUAACAUUUACAGUUUGUAGUUUUAAUCUGGACGUUGGUUAGUACUUAGAUUCUCAGUGGAAAGCUGUGGUAAACCAAAAAUCAGUUCAAAUACUUUCAAGUUGUGCUACUGAAUGGUGUGUAUUGAACAUUGUACAAAAAAAUUCAUUAGUAAUUACCAAGAAAGGUUUACUUAUAAAUGAGUAAAACUUUUCUGAACUGUUUUUUUUUUUUUUUUUGCUGAGGCAAAGAUUAUUUGUUACAAAAGACAGAGAUGGUCAUAAAUGUGUACUGUAUUCCUGCUUGUAGCUGAAAGUGGAUCUGUGAAGAGAUUUUGAAUCGAGAAGUUUGUGAAACUGUACAGUUGUGUAAUGACUCAUUAUAUUUAAUAACUUAAUUCCAAUGCUAAUGUGCAGAUGCUCUGUCUGUCACUAGAGCUCCUCUUUAGUGAAGUGGAUUAUCUCAGUAAACACUGUGAAAUGCACCCAAGGUUUGAAGGUUGAUUGUGUGAAUGAGAGAGAUGGAGAGAGAGAGACAGACAGAGAAAGACAGGGAGUCUACGUGUCAGCAUGAGUUCAUGAAUGUUACGUGUCUAAAUGUACUGCAUUUCAAACCUCGGGCUCUUUAUGAUUGUGUUGCACAUGAUUGUGUAGUUCAAGUAGAGGCCGUUGUCUCACUUUUUAAGUCUAUGUAUGUUUGUUUUUUUAAAAGAAUAUGUAUUGAAGUCUGGCACAUUUAUUGUACUGAUUUAUUUGCAUAGAGAUUGUAGUUUGCAUAGCAACCGAAAACUGCCUUUCACCCCUACAGUUUUCCACUUAUUUCUUAAAAACAGCAUUGUGUUGAUUUAAGCAUUUCUGUUUUACCCUUAAAACAAUGGCCAUCAGACAAAACAUUUCAUAAUAAUAGUAUUGAUGACCUUCAGAAGGAAUGUGUAGAAUGUAUGCUCUGUUUGUUCACAAGUAUGUAUGAUUGUCCCAUGUUGACAAGAAAAUUAGUAAAUUAAUUAAGCUUUA